AUGGACUUCGAUUUUGAGCGGCUCCAGCCCUACGAAGAGCCCUUCUACGGUGUCAUCCCUGGCAAAGGAUCUUACCCCAUUGGCCGAGUUAUUUUGCCAGUCACUUCUGGCACACAGGCCAACUACCGUACGGAGCACCUCACGUUCGACGUGGACAACUUCAAGACCUCCUAUGCCAUCCUUGGUAGGCCUAUGCUGGCAAGGUUUAUGGCAAUUCCACACCACACCUACCUUGUCCUCAAGAUGCCGGCCCCAAACGGAGUCCUCUUCAUUUAUGGCGAUGUGGAGACAUCAUACAGAUGUGACACCGAGGCAGUUCAGCUCGUAGAAGCCCUGGAGUUAUCAGCUAAGGCCACCGCCAUGGUAGCUGAGGCCCAGAAAAUGAGCAAAGACCAGCUAACUAUCCCUGAGAAGGAGCCGACUUCCACAGAGCUGCAGCCUAACCCUAGGGUCAAGAAGAUUUGCCUCAGCCUUGAAUUUUCGACCAAGACGGCCCUCAUAGGGGCUGACCUCUCGGAGAAAUAA